CCUUGGACACACAGAAAACAUUCCAUGGUUGAUGCUGCUUUCAUAUUAGAUGCAAAAGAAGUCUUAUUCAUUUGUAUUUAUAUAUAUAUAUGUGCAUAUAUUCUUCCUUUAAGGUUCUCUUGUUGCUGCUUCUGCACGACGUGAAAGUGAAGAACAUGAAGAAUUCUAAGAAAACGGGUGUACGGAAAUACCAAAAAUCAGAAAAUCCACGUCUGCGAUGGACACCUGAACUCCAUGAAUACUUUGUAGAAGUUGUGGAAGGUCUUGGUGGAAAAAACAAGGCAACUCCAAAGAGCAUUCUGCAGAUGAUGCAUGUGAAAGGACUAAGAAUCUCUCACAUUAAAAGCCAUCUUCAGAUGUACAGGAACCUGAAGGGGCAUACGAUUCUCUCAUCAAUGCAUCAGGAGAUGGAAGGGAAUGAAGAUGGUAAAGAUCUUCCAAUGUGCUCCAAUUGUUCAUCCCAAAGGUAAUAUAAUUCAUGCAAAUCAUUUCAACCCUAUUGAAAAUA